CAAGGCCAGCGUGAGUCCGUCGUGUGUUUACACGACCACGUGUGAUGCUGUGUAUCGCUCUUCUGUUGCCUAUUACAACGAUAUUUGUGAAUCUAGUAACCACUGAACGCCUGGAGGAGGAGGAGCGUUUGAAUUGUGGUCUGUGCUGAUUUGGACAAGUGUCAUGGACGGACUCUUUUAAAAUGGGAAGAAAGAAGCACGAAAUUGCAAAUGCCGUUGUCUUGGUGUCUGCAGACACAAUUCUUGACAAGCUCAAAUGCGUGGAAGCUAACAAAGUAAACAGUCUUUUGGUGGAUCAUAUUCAAGAGCUGCUGCUGUGCACAAGCUCAAUUUCACAGAUCGCAGUCUUAAGAGAAAUUGGCAAAAUCAUUCCUGUUCGCGAUGGUGACAUGUAUCGUGAUCUCUGUGUUGAAGUUGUGGCAGAGUUGUAUCUGACGGCAGGCACUGGAAAUCCCGUGAAAAGAGCUGCAUAUAGUGUACUCGAAGCAUGUCCUGACAGUUCAUCAACUGAGGAUGCAGUGUCCACUGUGCUGAAGAAGUCCCUGUUCCAGGAAUCGUUCUGUUGUAAAAGUGCUUCUCAUGUUGUCGACAAUAUCACCGUCCUUUUCACAACAAGUUUAGGAACACUAGCACUACAGAAGUGUUUCAUGGAGAGCUUUAUGUACAUCAAGUGGGUGUUUAAAGAGAGCUUUCGUUCCAUUCAUACGUGCAGAGAUGCGCAAAAAAUGGAGGAGACAUACCAGGUGAUUUCUAAAGCUGCAAAAGCUCUGAGCCUUGCACUGCAGUUCUAUGAGGCAAGAGGUCAAAGUCAGUACGAGAAAGAAGUGAUGAACAGUAUUGAUGAGACCUUCCCACUGUUUGUGGAAAUCCUAGUCUCAGAUUCCUCCAUCCUGACUUGUAAGCUAAGUGUCGGAAUGCUGCUGCCGGUCCUCAUGAAAUUUAGGAAUGGCACAACGCUUGAGAAGGUGCAUUGUGAAUGGCCAGAUGAGCUGAUUCCCUGCCCACCUCUGGCUGAAGUGUGCUUUCUGAAUGGACUCGUUGGCUCUCUUUCAUCUGACGAGCUUGUUUCCAUAAACGAGGGUUCUGGCGCCCUAGUGGCUAUCGACAUUCUUGAGCGAAUCCUGAAUGUUCACAAAAGAUCAGAAGAAGCAUCAUUUCUGCUGACAUGCGCAAAAACUACCACACAAUGGACAAAUAGAGCUAUUGAAAUCCUCGAGAAUGCCAGGAUCUCUGAACCAAUGUCUUCUGCAUUGCUUUCUGACAAGACAGUUACAAAGUCGUUACUGCAGUACGUGUGGUCAUAUUGGGAACACUUUAUUGAUGCAGUUAGUCAGCAGGCUCAAGAGGUGUUCAAAAAUGUGCUUGAUAUAAACAUGCACAUACUCAAAGAUGGCGCAAAAUAUGAAUUUCUUGAAGAGGUGGCAACAUUCUUGCUUGAUUUGCCAUGGCACAGGAAGGGAAAAUAUUCAGCCCUUUGUCAUCUUGCUGAUGUGUAUGGGUGCGCCGAGCUUCUCAGACUCAAGCCAGGGCUAGUGGAAGACUUACUGCGAGCUGCGGAAGAGUUAGCCAUGUGCUCUUAUGUGAAGGAUCUGACUAAAAAACUGUGCGUCCAUCACGUAAAAGGAGCCACUGAGCAGGACUUUUCAAGUACAUGGCUUGUUCCUUUUUUGUCUAUUGUGCAGAAUCACUGUCCAAGGACUUUACUUGUGUCACUCUUUCAGCAUAUUCUUCCAGUGUUUGUCAGUUGCUACCCUAAAACAAUGGACGUCAUUUUUGAGAACAUGUCGCAAUGUGGAGAUGACUUAAUACCUGCCACACUGACGUGCCUUCUGUCAGACAAGUCAUGUCUUCAAACAAACCUUUUCGAGCAGUGGAAGGAUGCCUUGCUUCAAGGUGUAUGCCACCGAGAUGAACAGGUCCGUCUUGAUGCACUGGCUCUGCUAGUUGAACAUCCGAAAUCGUGUGAACCGGUUCAACCUCAGUAUCUUGAAUUGCUAAGGCAUUUUGUGCACCUGAACAUUUCAGUGCAGUCCCCUGCAUUCCAGCAGCAGAUAGUAGCAUCCAUGAAGAAACUUUUACACAGGAUGUAUGACAGCAGUAGUCUCCUAAAGAAAAUCGCCAGAAAGUCAAAUAAUGAAUGUGUCAAUGUGGCGUGUGCUCAUCAGGACUUUGUGUCUUGGCUGCAGAAGUAUUGUACAGACCAGCUUUAUCCAGGGGCCAAUUUCAAUCGCCGUUCCACAGCAUUGCAACUGCUGCAGCUUCUAGCUAGCAUUCAGGCUUCCAAAGGUGUAAAUUCUGUCAUGGAACUGAAGUGGACCGUGCAUCAGUCUGCAACACUGUUACAAUGCCUCAAAGAUCCGUAUGAAACGAACAAGGUGUCUGCCUUGCAGUUGCUGCGGUUGGUACCAGCAUCGACACUAGGCUUCGAGAACGAUCAACGUAUACAUGAACUCUUUGAGGCCGCACUACAGUUAUCAAGAAGCGCUCGACCUCCAGAUUCUGUAACUGCGGCCUAUCUCCUAGAGUUUCUGGCCGACUUCGAUAAAACUACGCCAAUGGUGCAGCGUCUUUUAAACGAGAAAGGGGCAACACAUAAUGCUUGCCUUCCCGAGGAAGGAAACAGUGCUACGUUGUUAUCCUGCCUGCGCUUGCUACUAACUGAAUUACGUCACCAGUUGGAAGUGGCUAAGGGGAACAUCAUCGAAGCAGCUUCCUGUGGACCAAUGUAUGGCACGUUGAGGUGUGUGAGGUCACUGCUGAGCAAGGUGCCAUGGAGGAGCUUACUGCAGAACCAGUUGCAGUUUUGGCAGACAUUGUUGGAUGACACAAUCUGUAUUGGAUUUCAAGUAGCCCAAGUAGUGGGGCCGAUUGUAACGAAUGCAUCUCCUGAAGGACAGCUGAACCUCGAAGGCAACACAGAGAUCUUAAAACAAGUCCAGGAAGCACUACAAAAAGGCCUUGGACGCAAGUUUAAUCUGUCUGCUGAGGAUACUGGUGGAAGCACGCUGAAUGGUGCGUGUGACGUUGAUAUGACAAAGGCACUUGCUGUGGUAGCACAGAUGCUUCUGCUUUGUGGCUGGCGUGCACACAGGGAAGUAUCACUGCUGUUCGGAGAAAUAUGCCAGACUUGCCCAAUGUCCCCAGCCGAUUCAGAGUCCAACGAAGGCCCACUGUCUGUGAAGCAGGUACUCAGCAUCGGCAACUUCUUUAUGGAAGAAAUGUCGACCAUCAGACAUCGUGGAGCCUUUGAACAAGCUUUCACAGCAUUUGUAAAAAUGUGCCAUGUCCUCUGGAGAUCUAAAUGUGUAGAGCUCUCAAGUUUACCAGCGACCUGGAUAUCGGAGCUUAUGGUAGCUGUUGAGCAACGAGGACUAAGCGCAACACGUAGGAGUGCAGGAAUUCCCUUUAUUGUCCAGGCCCUGCUUGUUUCUGAGCCAGCAGUCCUAGGAUCUAAGACAUUCCACAGGGCUAUGCAAGAAUUUUUAGCCAUAGCUCAUCCAGGUUCAGAUUCUGCUGUUGAAUCCAAGGUUCAUGCCAUCAAUGUCUUGAGAGCAUUGUACAGGAAUGCAAAGUUGGGUGACAUAGUUGUACCAUAUGUUGCUGAUGGAGUGAAAGUGGCGCUACUCGGCUUCAAGGCAGAGUCUUGGGCUGUACGAAAUUCCGCCACGCUCCUAUUCAGUGCACUGAUGACGCGCAUUUUCGGUGUCAAUCGAAGUCGGGAGGAACCCCAAAAGAAGAACUGUCUGACAGGUCACAUCUUCUUCUUGAGAUAUCCUUCACUAUUCCUAUUCAUCCUUGAGCAACUUGAAGGACAGAAGAAUUCAGACGGGCACAAGAAAAUUGAGUCAAAUGUCUAUCCCAUCUUGCUGAUGUUGGCAAGGUUGUAUCCAUCCGCUGUGGAAGGCAGCUUUAGACUAGCUGACUUCAUUCCUCAUGCGAUGCACUGUGCAACGAGUCCUGUUUGGAAAGUGAGGACUUUGGCAGCACGGGCCCUGGUACCCCUUUUAGCACCAUCGGAAAGGGAGCAUUUUGUAAUGAGGUGCUUCGCGUCCCUGCCAGAGCACCAGCAGUACACCACUAUGCGUAACAAUUCAAUCCAUGGAACUUUGAUGCAGAUAGAACACAUCUUGAAGUGUGAUGCAGAGUACCUCUCAAGUCUGCAGUUUAUGCAGCGUCUCAGUAGCAACUUGAUGAAGAAUCUUUGGCUCGCUACAAGUAUUUCAUUUUUCAGGGACAACCCAUGCUUGGUAACGCGUGCAACUUUUGUAAAUAUUAUAUCGAUUUACAUCUCGAAUGUUCCUUCAGAUGACUUCAGCACAGUGCCACUAAUCAAGGACCUUAUGGAAGUUGUUUUCAAAGAUGCAGCUGCAUUUUUGGAUGCCCAGAUUCCAUUUAUGCCUGGACAGCCUCUGUGGGAGACUGCAGCCUGUAACUUGCUUCUGCAUCUUGGUUCAUCCUGUUCAGACUCGCUGCUCGGCAGGAAACAGUUUUUGCACAUUGUGGAGGGAAUGCUCAAUCAUGGCUCACAUGAAAUUUCAUGGACAGCAUUGAAAUUUGUACGCCAGUUUCUGUGUGCUGUGACAUGCGGAAAUCGGCAUUCGAUAAAUUUCGUACCAUUUACUGAUGGGGAUAUUUCAAAGUCAAUUUACAGGGCAACGUUUUUGAUGCUGAAGAACGCACAUACCAAAGCAAUUGGAAACCCUGCCUGCAUUAUAGAGGCAUGUGCUGUGCUGAAUGGAUGCUGUGACUUCUCAAUAAUGUUGUCGCAUGCACAGCCCACAUUAAGUGAUGUGCUGCAGCUUCUGACAGAGAUGGUGGAAGACUCGACACAAGAAGCAGCUGCCUGUGCGUUAUUGUGUCUCUCAUGCCACGUUGCCUCGCAGAUAAUAAAACAGCUAGAGCAGGCUGCUUGCAAUCCCACUUCUAAUGAAUUCACAGCAUUAUUUAACUGGAUGCACACAUUGGUCUGCAACUCAAAGCCAAACAUGGAUUUUAACAGAAGACUGACAGCGAGCAGAGCUUUACCUAUGCUUGCUAAUUUGCUCAUCAAUGGUCCAGGAGUGACAGGUGAUUUCGGGAGUCAGUUUUGGAAAUUGAUGGUAAACUUCUUGCAAGAUGAUGAGCUGCCCAUCCGUGAACAGGCUACUGAGACAGCGCAUUACCUAGUGACAGCCCUAAAGUUUCAGGACUUGCCAGUGUCUGUGUUUUCCGAGAGGACGCCGCCGGAUGUCACACUUGAAAUCUGUAUUCGACUGACAUCACCAUUCGAAGCAGUCCAACUAUUACUGGAUUGGAUGCUCACGUGUCAGAUGAUACCAUUGGAUGCAGAGAGUGACGAACAUCCGUUUGAAAAAGGAGAGCUGAACACAUACUCCGAAGAAGUUGUAAUGACGGACCUCUGUUAUGGCUACCUUUGCUCGCUUGCUCUGGAGGUUCCUCCUACUUCUACUUUCCGUUUGGAACCCGAUCAGUUCACAUCUCAUGAAAGCGAGCUCACUCUGAGUGUCGCUGAUAUCGUAGUCUACUGCCUGGAGCAAUGUUCGCAGCUAGCUUCUGACGUAUUUGCAAACGCAACGAAUACGACAUUGAACCGGCAUGCUGAUCCACCGCUGAUAAGAAUGUACCAGUGUGCAAGUGUAGCAGCAGCACUUAGAGGAGCAGCUACAUGUGAGGCAUAUAAAGGUUUUGGUGAUACAUCAGCAUUGGUGUGCCAUGUGCAAGGAUUGGUGUACACAACAGAAUUUGUAACUGUGUUACUCCAAAGACUUCGGAUAGCGUUGGGAGGAGAGCGUGUUUGAGCUCCUAGUUUUUACGUUGACCGUGUAAAAUAAAACAAGUUUUACUCUCAGA